AUGGGAGUCUUCCGAUCGCGAGGUCGGAGUGAUUCAUGCGCUUCUCGGCUGUCUCCACGCUGCUCCUCUCUCCCCAACAGCGUGGAUCGAGACGCGAUUAACAUUCCCGUUGAACAGGCCAACGGUGGCAGUCCUCCUCGAACUCUGGGGAUUGAAUCCUCGGGGUCUGGUGGAGGCAGUUACAGGACCCCGACCCGCUCCUUUUAUCACCGGUCAUUCAACCAUACCCAAGACCCGGCUCACUAUUCAUCCCAUGGCCUCCGAGAGCAAACGGCCGAGCUGGCAUCCUUUGCAUUGUCGCUUAAUGGAAGCUCCUUACCACAGGAACGCACGCUUCCCCCGUCUUUGGAUAUCUUUCACCAGGCCUCUCAACCUAACGCUUCUUCUUCAUCUUCUGUUUCUUCUUCAUCGCUAGCUGAUACUGUAGUUCCUGAAAUGUCGGCUCCUCUUGACAUCACGCCGCUUCCGGGCCCUGUUACGGGAUCCUCGGUUUUGACCGAGAUGAUUCGGAGUCCGUCCGACUACCCUGAAAGUGAUUUAUGCCACAGGGCCAGCGGCACAUCAGGGGAUGGCGUUGAUGAGAAUGGGGCUUCCAACCCGAUUCCAGCUCUCACAACCGACGUGCAUCAGGCCCCCAUCAACGAACGAACUUCCUUACUCCCCAGAUCCUCGCAGUCAAAAAACAGUCGUAACUACGGAAUUUCAGAAGACGUUGAGAGGCAGGGUGUGGCACUCGAUCCGAGAUUGAAUGCAUUUUAUAAAACUCUUUCGAACGCUGCUUUUACUUUCCGGGUGUUGAGUAAUCCGAAGUCGUGGGAUAGGCGGACCGUGUGGCAGAGAGGUAUCGUUGAGCCGGUUAGCCUGCUUCCGUCCGUGUUCCUCGGCCUCUUGCUCAAUAUCCUCGAUGCUCUCUCGUACGGUAUGAUCUUGUUUCCCUUGGGAGAGCCGAUCUUCUCCGAGCUGGGGUCGGACGGCAUCUCCAUGUUUUACGUCAGUACCAUUAUCUCUCAACUGGUCUUCUCGUGCGGAGGGUCCAUCUUCCGUGGAGGUAUAGGCAGUGAGAUGAUAGAAGUCGUUCCCUUCUUUCAUCAGAUGGCUUUCACCAUUCUAGCGCGCGUUGGUCAGGAUAACCCAAAGUCGGUUCUGGCGACCUGCAUCUUGGCCUUCUCUGUCAGUUCGAUCCUGACAGGGUUAGUAUUCUUCUUGAUGGGGACGUGUGGGCUGGGGUCUCUGAUUGGAUUCUUCCCCAGACACAUUCUGAUUGGCUGCAUUGGUGGUGUGGGCUUCUUCCUCAUGCAGACCGGCGUGGAGGUGUCGGCUCGACUGCCUGGUUCUCUUGAGUAUACGCUUCCUACGUUGCAGAAGCUCUUCCAGUUGGAUACUGUAUUUCUUUGGAUGAUUCCCGUUUUGCUUGCGGUUGGUCUUCUUGUUCUCAAGCGCUUUGUGCGUUCAAAUUUCUUGGUGGGUGGUUAUUUCAUCGGCGUAGCUAUCAUCUUCUACAUUGUCAAACUUGCUGCGAGGGUAUCCAUGGAUGCGUUACGCCAAAGCGGGUGGGUAUUCGAUGCUCCGUCAUCUUCCAACCCCUGGUGGCAUUUCUAUACACUUUAUGAUUUCGGCGCCGUGGAUUGGACUGCCUUUGUGGAUACUAUUCCUGCUAUGUUUGCCCUCACCUUCUUUGGGGUUCUUCAUGUUCCUAUCAAUGUUCCGGCUCUUGGAAUAUCCACAGGCGAGGAUAACCUGAACGUGGACCGUGAGCUCAUGGCCCAUGGAGUGACCAAUGCCUUGUCGGGGUUUGCAGGCAGCAUACAGAAUUACCUUGUAUAUACCAACAGUCUGUUGUUCAUUGAUAGUGGAGGUAAUAAUCGCCUGGCGGGAAUCAUGCUUGCGGCUGCCACCGGAGGCAUCCUUCUCAUCGGUCCAGUGAUCGUCGGAUUCAUCCCGGUGAUGGUCGUGGGAGCUCUCAUAUUCAUGCUGGGCAUCGAGCUGAUGCAGGAGGCUUUGGUUGACACUUGGGGCAAGUUGCAUCGCCACGAAUACGUGACGGUUGUUAUCAUUGUCGUAACAAUGGGUGCCUGGGAUUUCGUCGUCGGCAUCUUUAUUGGUAUCAUUCUGGCAUGCAUGAGCUUUGUGGUCCAAACCUCGCGCAAGUCGGCCAUCCGAGCCACGUUCUCCGGCAAGAUCACGGGCUCCACGGUCCGACGACCUCCUAUCCAACAACGGUUCUUGAGAGAGGCAGGCCAGCAGACUCUCAUCACCAAACUCGGCGGCUAUCUAUUCUUCGGAACUAUCGUCAAUGUCGAGAAUACCAUGCGCGGUCUCAUCGAAGAGGAGUCAUUCAACCGACGCCCGAUUCGGUUCCUGAUUCUCGAUUUCACUCGUGUGUACGGCAUGGAUUUCUCAGCGGCCGAGGCCUUUACGCGCAUCAACCGGGUGCUUCGGAAGCGAAACGUGCAGAUAAUCAUUUCAGGGCUGGACGUACAGGGCGACGUAGGCCGCAGCCUUCAAAAUGUUGAACUCUUUGCGCCUGAGAACGACGUGGAAAUCUUUGAGGACCUCAACUCGGCUCUAGAGUUCUGCGAGAAUGACUAUCUCAAAGUGUUCUACAGUCAUCGCGAAGCUCUACUGAAGAAGAAAGCAUCGCCGGCCUUCUUGGAGGUUCCUGCGCCACCUUCGGCCCAUCAGAUGCACGACGCGAUCGUGAGCUCACCCCGCCACCGGUACCUGCAGCAGGCUGCUACCACGACCCUUCGUGAAGACGAGACGGCCGUGAUGGUUCCGGCGGCAUGGUCGGCGAUGCGUCAACCGCUCCCUCUCCUCCUGCAGACAUUCCAAGGGUUGAGCGUGCGCAACGAGGACUUUUGGUUCUCGGCCUGCACGUACUUCGCUCGCGAAAGCUACAGCGCAGGCACCAUCCUGUUUGAAGAAGGCGACGUCCCCCAGGCAUUCUAUCUCCUGGAGUCGGGUAUGCUACGCGCGGAGUAUGAACUGCCACAGGGGCGGUAUUUCGAGCUCAUCGUGGCCGGGCGACCGUGUGGCGAGCUGCCGUUCUUCAGCGAGACCCGACGGACGGCGACGGUCAAGGCGGAGCAAGACUGCGUGGCUUGGUGUCUGAGUGCAGAGAAGUGGCAGGCGUUGCGGGAGGCCGAACCGGAGGUUGCGCGGGAGCUGCUGACGGUCAGUCUGAAGUUGACCACGGAACGGAUGGACAGCAUCACCUCUUAUGUUCUUACGACGGCAGCAUGA